AUGGAUGUCGCCUCUCCGCGUGCUGUGCGUGCUGUUAUCAGACCACCUCGUGGCCCUCUCGUAGUUGCUUCUGCUUCGUCCGUACGAAGAAUAGACCGUUUCCUGUUUCUCUCUUCCCUCCUCCUCCCCUUCUUCUCUCACACUCACCUUUCUUUGCUCUUCAUCGUUUUCUCUGCCAGCUCCUUCCAUUCGUACGACGAUAGACCCUUCCCUUCCCGUUUCUGCCUCCUCCCUUCUUUUUUUCCCUUUCUCUCGUUUUCUCCGCCGUCUCUCUGCCGCUUCGCUGCUUCUGCUCCCUGUUUCAUCUUGCUCCCCUUGUACCACACCAGUCCCCUUGUUCUUCCUGCCUCUCUCCCGUCUUCUCUCCUUCGUCCUCUCUCUUCCCUUUCCUCUCCUGAUCACCGCCUCGCCUCCGCAUCACAUUCCCGUUCCUCACCCCUCCCUGCUCCCUUCACUUUUUCUUCCCUCCCCCUCCCCUCCCCCCUCUUCCCUCCAGGGGCGGCGCCAGUACUUCCCCUUUCCGCCCGCCACGCCCUGCUCGACCCGCUCUUCCUCUCCGCGCCACUCCCCUCGCUAGACGCCGCCCUCCCCCUCCUCUCGCUCCCCCCCUCCAUUUCCGCCUACACUGCGCCCCUCCCUACCUCCCUCCCUACCUCCCUACCUCCCUCCCUCCCUCCCUCCCUACCUCCCUCCCUCCCUCCCUCCCUCCCUCCCUCCCUUCCUCCCUUCCUCCCUCCCUCCCUCCCUCCCUCCCUCCCUCCCUCCCUCCCUCCCUCCCUCCCUCCCUCCCUCCCUCCCUCCCUCCCUCCCUCCCUCCCUACCUCCCUCCCUCCCUCCCUCCCUCCCUCCCUUCCUCCCUCCCUCCCUCCCUCCCUCCCUCCCUCCCUCCCUCCCUCCCUCCCUCCCUCCCUCCCUCCCUCCCUCCCUCCCUCCUCCUCCCUCCCUCCCUCCCUCCCUCCCUCCCUCCCUCCCUCCCUCCCUCCCUCCCUCCCUCCCUCCCUCCCUCCCUCCCUCCCUCCCUCCCUCCCUCCCUCCCUCCCUCCCUCCCUCCCUCCCUCCUCCCUCCCACCCCCACCUCUUAUCCGUUUAGGCUGCUCCUCAUCGCCAUCUUCUGGCUUGCCUGACGAGGAGACUGCCAAAGAAGCCGUCAGGCCAGGAGGCUUAGAGGGCCCGCCUGCAGCUUCUCCUCCUCACACGUGUCCAAACGUUACUGGAGCAGGGAGCAUGCAUCUGCGACCCCUUUCGACCUUCCCUCUUCCCGCUUCUGAGUCAUCCCCGUCUCUGGUCAAGGACCCCUCCCCACGCGCCACAGGGGAUUUCUCGUCAGCCAACACAGUGCAUAUCUCGCUCAAACAGUGCACGCCCCUCGCCAUCGCAGAGCUUCUCCCAUCGCCCUCACCCCCCUCUCUCCUUACCUUCGGAUGCGCCUCUCCACUCGCUGUCGCAGCUUCUCUUGUCGCCAUCGCUGCGCCGCCUCUCCCCUCGCCGUCACAGCGCCCUUCCCGUCACUCUCGCCACGCCUCUUCCCUCGCCUCUCAUCUCCUCUCCCCACGCCGUCACAGUGUCUCUCCCCCUUUCCGCCGCAGUGCCUAUUCCGGGGGUGUAACAUCACCUCCCUUCCUUGUCCUCUCUCGUCUCUGCCCUAUCCUAUGCCCCCUCUCUACCCUGUCCCAUCCCCUCAUUCCACCCUGUCCCAUCCCCUCAUUCCGCCCUAUUCCAUCCCCUCAUUCCGCCCUGACCUAUCCCCUCACUUCGCCCUGUCCCAUCUUCUCACUCCGCCCUGUCCCAUCCCCUCACUCCGCCCUGCCCCAUCCCCUCACUCCGCCCUGCCCCAUCCCCUCUCUCCGCCCUGUCCCAUCCCCUCACUCCGCCCUGCCCCAUCCCCUCACUCCGCCCUGCCCCAUCCCCUCACUCCGCCCUGCCCCAUCCCCUCACUCCGCCCUGCCCCAUCUCCUCACCAUCCUAGACGAGCAAGGCGCAAGGCUCAGACAAACUGCAUGGACGUGCGUGCCGCCUCACCUUGCAUCUGCUUUCAUCACCUCAAAGGUGCAGAUGAGCUACAUCACGUAA